CAAAGGCUCGUGCACGAGCUGAACACUGCCUUCAUCAUGAUCGAACUUUACGACAGGUCUACGCACUUGUUUAUCUGCGUGGUCACCAUCCUUCCAUUCGCGUUUUGUACGCUGUUCGUGCGCUGCUAUGUCCGCUGGACUAGCCGUACGUGGGGCGUGGACGAUUGGUGCAUGCUCUUCUCAGCCCCUUUUUUCGCAUGGCUAUCGGCGUCGUGUAUCAGUGCAGCAAUACAUGGCAUCGGGGCGCAUGUCCAGAAUUUCCAUGGCGGCCUCGAGGGCCAGAAGGCUGCACUCCAGGACUUUUUCAUGUUUGAGGUGUCGUAUUGCCUUGCGAUGCUGCUGGCCAAACCCAGCAUUGCUCUUAUGCUAGUCCGAAUCGCGGAGAGCAAGCGCCUGUAUGUGUGGAUUCUGCGCAGCGUUAUGGCGCUGCAGUCGAUCACAUUGCUUGUCGUAUUGAUUUAUCUCUUCGCCAUGUGCAAGCCCAUCAGCUAUGCCUGGGACAAGAGCAUUCCUGACGGCCACUGCGCCUCCAGCGAAAUCAUCACCGUCUUCAGCUAUGUCGUUGCAGGUGUCAACGUGGCUUUCGACUUGACCUGCGCAUUAUUGCCUAUCCCGCUGCUGUGGAACAUUCAGCUCAACCGCAACACCCGCGUGGCAUCCUGCAUCCUUCUCGGCUUCGGAAUCUUCGCCAGCGUGUGCGUUCUCGUCCGCCUCAAGUACAACAUCGGCCUCUCGGCCACCGAAGACUUCUUCUACAACAUCUGUCCCAUCUUAACCUACUGCUACGCCGAAGCGGGCAUCGGCAUGGUCGCCGCCAACGGAAGCGUAAGACGCCCCUACUUGUCACUCUGCCACCAACAAAACCAACAGACGAGCUAA